AUGUCGGACCUCGACCUCAAAGCCAUUCGCGACAAGCUCGUCGACAUUGCUCGAGUAGCCGGUCGUAUGAUUCUGGAUGCCAAUUUCAAGCAGGACUUUGCCACGGAUACUAAGCUCAACUCCGUCGACAUCGUCACCGAAACCGACAAAGCCGUCGAAGAUUACAUCUCCACGACCCUCCGCGAAGCGUACCCAACCAUCUCCUUCAUGGGCGAAGAAACCUGGCAACCGGGAACCAAAGUCACCGACACACCCACCUUCAUAGUCGACCCCAUCGACGGCACGACAAACUUCGUCCACUCCUUCCCCCACGCCUGCGUCUCCCUCGGCCUCUCCGUAUCUCGCGUCCCCGUCAUCGGCGUCAUCUACAACCCCUUCCUCGACAUCCUCUACUGGGCCAUCAAGGGCCAAGGAGCCUUCAUGCAGACGCGCCCCGGAGGCUCCACCAUCGACCGCCGACUACCGCUGGCCAAGAACCCCACGCCCUUGAAGGGGUUGGACACGGCGCUCGUGGCGGUGGAGUGGCCCGCCGCGCGGGACGGCCCCAACUUCGAGGUCAAGGCCGAUACGUUUCGGAAAUUGACGGCGAGCAAGGAGACGGGGGGGAGUAUGGUGCAUUCGCUUAGGUCGAUGGGGUCGGCCGCUUUGAACCUGGCGGCUGUGGCGGCGGGCCAGUUGGACAUGUAUUGGGAGGGCGGGUGCUAUGCUUGGGAUGUUUGCGCGGGGUGGUGUAUUUUGACGGAGGCGGGUGGGUUGAUGGUUGGUGGGAACCCGGGGGUGUGGGAGCCGGGCGUAGAUGAGAGGAAGUAUCUUGCUGUUAGGGCGGCGCCGGGUGGGCAGAGGGAGAUUGUGGAGGAGUUUUGGGGUGUUAUUGGGGAGGGGAGGAUGGAGUAUGAGCAUUAG